AUGCCAUACAAGUGCAUUCCCAGAAAUAACGGUAUACCAGCAUCCAAGCGAAAGAUUAUACGCGUGAUCGUUGCAUCUGCGCGCAUGUGUGCCCCACGUGCCAGACGUUCCAAUGGAUGUGAAGGACAAGCGCGGCGCGCGCUCCUCUCCGACAUGCUUCCCCCCUCACCGACAGCACACCGCAUCGCGUCGGCGCCACGCCACCAUCCACUGCGAUCCCUAUCUUCGCCAACUACCACUCCUGAGCGAUAGAGCAGGACGGAGAACUACUGUUGAUAAUGGAGUCGCCGGGUGUCAUUAAUUCCCUCAUCGGCGGGAAGCUGUGUUGGCUAUUCGUAGAGCUCUUAUCAGUAAUAACUCAGUGGCGGCUUAUGCCAAUCAAUAGCUCAACGUAUCGAGGACACCCGCAUGCUUCACUUCGACGUCGGUCCACAUUCGUACGGUGAAGGGCAUCUGCAGGGUUCCAUCUGCUGGAUACAUACUACUGAGUACAAUCCGGAGGGACAUUGGGGUGCGGGCCCGAUCAUGGAGGCGAGCCAUGGGACUGUAGCAUA